AUGAUGCCGGGAGAAAAAGCGAAAGAUGAAUCUCCAUCUAUAAGUGCCCAAACUCAUUUCAAAGCAGGAUUGAUCCAAGUUCUUGAUCUUAUGAUUGCUCAAAUGAAUACCCGGUUCAUCGCUUUAAAUGAAGUUGCCGAUGAUUUCGCAUUUUUGAGCGGUCAAGCAAUUGUGAACACCAGUGUUACUCAACUAACCAAAAUAGCGGCAGAUCUCGCUAUCAAAUAUCCUGAUGACUUGGAUCCGCAUGAAUUUUCAUCAGAAAUUGAGAGUUUCAAAUUUCAAGCAACGACGCUGAUGAGUGAAGCCAAAGACAUGAACCAUUUGAAUGUAUUAGAAAAAAUAUUCGAUCUGUCGCUCGAGGAUGUAUAUCCGAACAUAACAACAGCACUGAGAAUAUUCUUAUGCAUGCCUGUUACGACGGCUACUUGCGAGCGUUCUUUUAGUAAGCUAAAACUCAUCAAAUCUUAUCUUCGUUCCUCUUUAGACCAGGAACGGUUGGCGAAUAUUUCUAUUUUGUCGAUUGAGAAGGAUACUACAACACGUCUUAAUUUCGAUAAAAUAAUCGAUUUAUUUGCAAAGGCGAAAUCCAGAAAAGUAUUAUUCUGA